CUUCUUUCGGUCGAAGGCAAGGCGGAUUUCCUAAAGGGCAAGUGAUGAAUGAUAAGAGGCAGGCAAAAAGAAACUGAUCAGGAAAAAAAGGAAAAACAAAAAGGAAAUUCAGGUGGUUCUGUCCUUCAUCUACACGACCUCAAUGACACCAUGUCUAACGAUCUUGCAUCAAAAGAUCGAGCUGGUCCGACCGUGGCAGAUGAGCUGUUGGAAGCUCUGGCCGAGGCUGGAGUGGAUUACCUAUUCACGGUGCUAGGGUCUGAUCAUCCCAGUAUCAUCGAGGCCUAUGUGCGCCGACAGAAUGAUCCCACGCGGCAGUAUCCCAAGAUGAUCCUGUUUCAACAUGAGUUUGUCGCCAUGUCGGCAGCCGAUGGCUAUGCGCGCAUCAGUCACCGACCAGCAAGUGUCAUUGCCCAUGUCGAUGUGGGGACGGCAGCGCUGGGCCAGGGACUGCACAAUGCAUCCAGUGGACGAGCCCCCGUGGUGAUCCUGGCAGGGAUCGCCCCCUCCACCUUUCUUGGGGAGGCUGUGGGCUCGCGAUCGGAGCAUGUGCAAUGGUACCAGGACAUUCGAGAUCAAGCUGCGCUCGUGGCGCCCUACAGUCGCUACAGUGUCGAAAUCAAGUCACCCCACAAUGUGUCUACUGUGGUGCAUCGUGCAGUUCUCAUGGCCACCACAGGAUCGCCCGGGCCUGUGUAUCUGACAGCGACACGAGAGAUCCUGGCCACCACGUUACCGCAUGGCGAUCAACCUCUGCGACGAAAGAUUCUGCCAUCUUGCCUCUUGGGUUCACUCCCUACCGAGCAGGUCGAAGUGAUUGGAACCGCGUUACUCGAAGCGCAAGCUCCUCUCGUCAUCACCGGAUAUCUAGGUCGCAACCACCGAGCAGUCCACGAGCUGGUGGCUCUCGCCGACAUGAUUCCGGGCCUGAGAGUGUUUGACUCGGAGCUGCGUGAGAUGAGCUUUCCAGCGACUCAUCCGGCCUGCGUGACUCGCGGCACGGGGGCCGCUCCCGCCGUGCAAUCGGCCGAUGUGAUUUUAGUGUUGGAUGCUGAUGUGCCUUGGAUUCCGACUCGAGUGCGCCCUUCAUCGACGGCCCACAUCAUCCACAUCGACCUCGACCCCCGCAAAGAACGCAUGAACAGCUUCGAUAUUGGUGCAUCGCUCACCUUCCAGGCGGAUACAGCGGCCGCUCUGAGUCAGCUUACCAGCUAUUUCGCUGCAUCUCCCCGGUUGUCCGAGCUGCAGGCCAGUGAAAGUUGGAAGUCUCGCGCCCUGAUCAUGCAGAAGGCGUACCGCGAGGGUCAGACACAAAUUGACGCUCGUGCCGCUGCACUGCUUUCGACGCCGGACGCAGCCUGUAGUGUGGACUAUCUGUGCAAUCGUGUGCGCCACCUGCUACCUCAAGAGACGAUCUUCGUAACCGACUCGGUCACCAACCUGGUGGCGAUGACGGAGCAGCUUCGUCUGCACCGACUCGGCUCACAUCUCACCAAGGGAGGCAGCGGCUUGGGAUGGGCUGGCGGAGCUGCGAUUGGGGUGCAUCUGGCCGCAGCACGGUACCAUCUCUCCCAUCGACCGGCGCAUCAUGGGGGAUGGAAGCUUUGUCUUUUCCAUCCCCACGGCCGUGUACUGGCCAGCCAUCGCUAUCAGUGCCCCUUUGUGACCAUCAUCCUCAAUAAUGGCGGCUGGAACGCCACCAGUCAGUGCUUGAAAGAUGUGCACCCGGAUGGACUUGCGGUCGGGCUCUCGAAGGAAGAGCUAGGAAUCUCCCUCGUCGCCGAUGGACCCGACUACGGCGGUAUUGCCAAGGCAGCGGCCAAUGGAAAUCUCUGGGCCAGGCGUGUGGAGUGUGUGGGCGAUUUGGAUGAAGCUCUCGCCGAGGCAGUUAGGGUUGUGGUGGACGAGGCCCAAUCAGCGGUUCUGGACGUCCUCACUCGCUAG